AAGUUCGCCGGACAUAAACAUUUGCAGUGGGUUCUGGUGCUGGCGGCAUUUUGCAGAUAAAUUCGACCGCGGAAAGUUGCUGGAAUUUCUGAAUUUACCACCUGAAGAAGCCUCGAAAAUGUCGGAAGUUACGAAGGAGCAACUGCAAAAGGAGAUCAGUGAUAUCCUCAAAGAUGCCGAUCUCGCUUCCAUGUCGACGAAAAAAGUCCGUGAACAGUUAGAAAAAACUUUCAAAUGUGAUCUGAAUUCACGGCGACAAGAAAUUAAGGAAAUCGUUAUGGACAUUGUGAAUUCGAAAGAGUCAAACGAAGAAGAUGGAAGCGCCUCUGAAUCUGAAUCAGAAGAAGAGGAGGAACCAGCACCAAAAUCAAAGAAACGUGCAUCCACCGCCAGAAAAGCAUCUCCCGCUAAAAAGAAGAAGAAGGCUUCAAGCGAAGAGGAGGAUGGAUCAGAAGCCGAUGGCAACUCAGACGAUAAUGAUUCAGACUACGAUGCGAAGCCGAAAAAGGCAGCCAAGGGAAGGAAGAAGGGUGGUCGUAGGAAGAAGGGCUCCGACUCGGAUUCCGAUGAGGAUUGGAAACAAACUAAAAAGCCUAAAAAGGCAAAAGGAGCUGGCGGUGGAAAGGGGAGGGGUACCGGUUUCACUCGUCCAUAUACACUAUCUGCUGAUCUAGCAUCAGUCGUUGGUGCCGAAUCCCUGCCACGCUACGAAGUGGUUAAGAAGAUCUGGUCGUUGAUAAAAGAACGUAACCUAUACGACCCGAAGAAUAAACAAUAUGCAAUUUGUGACCCUGAAUUAUUGAAAAUUUUCGGCGUGAAACGAUUCCGUACAUUUUCAAUGUUGAAAUAUUUAAAACCGCAUUUCAUAGACUAAGAAUAUUCAUUUAUUUUCUCCAUCAUCAAGUGAUGUUUUUUUAAACAUGAAAAAGUAUGAUAGACUUAACAUUAAGUUAGGUAACGCGAAAAAUAUAUAUAUAUUUUAUAUUUGAAUUAAAAAAAGAGUAGAAGAGUGAGAAACGCAAAAAGCAUACUUUUGUGUUCGUUACGGAACUAUCACAUUUGACAAAAAUGGGAAGCAACCUUUUCAGAGCGAAGUUCAAUGGAAACAUUUUCGAAAGUAGAGAGAACAAUAUGGAGAGAGUACAUCUCCUUCGGUUGUUAAUUGUAGUUACAUAAAUAACGAUAACGAGAUAAUAUUGUAAUUAAAGUCUAAGCUAAGAAUUUUAAAUUUUGUGGAAAUAACCGUUUGCCAGCAAGAUAAAUACGGAAUCGAAGUAACUGCACGAGGCCGCGUGAUCCCUGGCAAUAAAUAUUCUCAACUCAUUUUAAAGUAAAGACUGUUUUCAAUUCAGACAGGUCAGAUCUUAUUCAUCGUUUAGAUUUAUUUUUGUUUUUGUAAUCACUUCAAUGCUUUUAAGAUACAUAACUUGAUGUAUUAAUAAAAAGAAAUAAACAUAUGUAAACUGAA